CCCUCCGGCACCUCUUCCGUCGGCUGAAUUGCGGCCGUAUGCGCGGCUCUGUGGAGCACAGCUGGGGUUGGGGGCACUGUGCCCCCAGCCCCCUGCUCCUUUUGACUCUGUUUCUGUUUGCAGCCCCAUUUGGCCUGCUGGGGGAGACGACUCGCCAGGUGUCUCUGGAGGUCAUCCCUAACUGGCUGGGUCCCGUGCAGAACCUGCUUCAUAUCCGGGCAGUGGGCACCAAUUCCACACUGCACUAUAUAUGGAGCAGCUUGGGGCCUCUGGCAGUGGUGCUGGUAGCCACCAACACCCCCCACAGCACCCUGAGCGUCAACUGGAGCCGCCUGCUAUCCCCUGAGCCCGAUGGGGGCCUGAUGGUGCUCCCCAAGGACAGCAUUCAGUUUUCUUCUGCCCUUGUUUUUACCAGGCUGCUUGAGUUUGACAGCACCAACGUGUCUGAUACGGCAGCAAAGCCUCCAGGAACACCAUAUCCUCCAUACUCCUUGGCUGAUUUCUCUUGGAACAACAUCACUGAUUCAUUGGAUCCUGCCACCCUGAGUGCCACAUUUCAAGGCCACCCCAUGAACGACCCUACCAGGACUUUUGCCAAUGGCAGCCUGGCCUUCAGGGUCCAGGCCUUUUCCAGGUCCAGCCGACCAGCCCAACCCCCUCGCCUCCUGCACACAGCAGACACCUGUCAGCUAGAGGUGGCCCUGGUUGGAGCCUCUCCCCGAGGAAACCGUUCCCUGUUUGGGCUGGAGGUAGCCACACUGGGCCAGGGCCCUGACUGCCCGUCAGUGCAGGAGCAGCACUCCAUCGACGAUGAAUAUGCACCUGCCGUCUUUCAGUUGGACCAGCUGCUGUGGGGCUCCCUCCCAUCAGGUUUCGCACAGUGGCGACCAGUGGCUUACUCCCAGAAGCCGGGGGGCCGAGAAUCAGCCCUGCCCUGCCAAGCUUCCCCUCUUCAUCCUGCCUUGGCAUACCCUCUUCCCCAGUCACCCAUUGUCCGAGCCUUCUUUGGGUCCCAGAAUAACUUCUGUGCCUUCAAUGUGACGUUCGGGGCUUCCACAGGCCCUGGCUACUGGGACCAACACUACCUCAGCUGGUCGAUGCUCCUGGGUGUGGGCUUCCCUCCAGUGGAUGGCUUGUCCCCACUAGUCCUGGGCAUCAUGGCGGUGGCCCUGGGUGCCCCAGGGCUCAUGCUGCUAGUGGGAGGCUUGGUUCUGCUACUGUACCACAAGAAGUACUCAGAGUACCAGUCCAUAAAUUAAGGCCCGCUCUCUGGAGGGAAGGACAUUACUGGACCUGUCUUGUUGUGCCUCAAAACUCUGGAGGUUGGAGUAUCAAGUUCCAGUCGGCCCCUUCACUCCCCCGUCUUGCUUUUCUGUGGAACCUCAGAGGCCAGCCUCAACUUCCUGGAGACCCCCAGGUGGGGCUUCCUUCAUACCUUGCGGGGGGAACUUUGGAGGGGGUGGAGGACAGGGCUAUUGAUAAGGUCCCCUUGGUGUUGCCUUCUUGCAUCUCCACACAUUUCCCUUGGAUGGGACUUGCAGGCCUAAAUGAGAGGCAUUCUGACUGGUUGGCUGCCCUGGAAGGCAAGAAAAUAGAUAUUUUUUUUUUCACAGGG